AUGGCAGGUUUAAUUGACCCAAAGUCAGGUCUCACUGAACUUCCAUGCAAGACAUCUGCUGCCAUGUCUGGAAACCACCAUUACUGCAGGCAGAAUCAUUGUGGUUUGCUGAGGUGGAGAUUAAAAACACGUAGGCAGAGACAGCAGCACAGGCAUCUCUUACCAACUUUAUCAACUGAACAACAACCUGUCAUCUCCAUGGCACUCAGGAGACACAUGAAGAACUUUGUGAAAAAUUAUUCUGAUUCUGAGGUCAAAGUCAGGGAAGCAACCUCUAAUGACCCAUGGGGUCCCUCUAGUUCAUUAAUGUUAGAGAUCAGUGACCUGACAUACAAUACAGUUUCUCUUUUGGAGAUUAUGAACAUGAUAUGGCACAGGAUGAAUGACCAGGGAAAGAACUGGAGGCAUGUGUAUAAAUCCCUCACACUCUUGGAUUAUCUCAUCAAGAAUGGAUCAAAGAAAGUCAUACAGCAUUGUCGAGAGGGGCUCUUUAACAUUCAGACAUUAAAGGAUUUUCAUUACAUAGAUGAGGCUGGGAAGGAUCAAGGUUAUCACGUCAGAGAAAAAUCUAAGCAAGUCAGUGCCUUGUUAACAGACGACCAACUGCUACAUAACGAACGUGAGAUAGCACGCAGAACUAGGCAGCGGACCUCCUAUGCAAUGCUAUUGCCUAAGAAGACCACUACCAAGGACUGUUUACCAACAAUGUCUGCCUCUGAGCCCAUACCAGAGCUUCCUGAUUCAGUCAAACUUCAACACCAUUUUCCUAAGGCAGCAUCUGCACCACAGCAAAACCAGCCUUUUCAGUCACCAGGGAAAGCAACAGUGGCCCAAGAAAUGGUGGCAUCCCAAAUCAUUGCUAAGAAGUCAGAGGACUUGAUAGUAUUUAGUGAGGAUGAGCAGACCCCCGCCACCACCACUUUGCCACCUCCAUUUCCUGCUGAGGGCUCUUCAGAUGGAGCACCACCACUGGUGCAGGCAGCUGCCAGUGACUCCUGGAACAGAAGUAUCAUAUCCUUCCCUUCACAGAGAAGCCUAUCUACCUCACAAAAAUGGGGCACAGGCAGGAGAACAUACAGCACAGUCACAAAUCCUGCUUCAACAAUCACUCUUAUGCCUCCUUCAAGGACACAGUCAGCAAACACGCCCAAAAUUGCAGAAAUUUUGCUUGGUCGUCAGUCAUCAGUUACAGAAAAGCCUGCCACAACCAGCCAGCAUGUCCCAGAGUCAGACUUUCUUCCCUCUAGCAGUGUAGCUUCUGUGGAGACUCUUUACCUCUCCCCGACCUUCAACAUCUUUGAUCCUUUACGGAAUAGUGUGGCAAACAGUGAGAUUCUGAAACCAACUCCAGCUUCUUCUAAACAAUUCCCUGGACCUAAUACAACCACCAUGCUAAACUUCAAUUCCUCCACACCUAGUAGUCUGCAGACAUUUAACACAAAUCUCCAUCUUUCCCCAAGGCCAGGUUCGACCAGCUCCAUGGCAACAACGUCCUCUUUUUCCACCUUUUCCAUUUCAUCCCCAGACUCAGUUGUUCCAGAGAACAUAGUUCAUCCUAACCUUAUCCCUUCCUGUGGACCUUCAGGCUUGUUUUCACCUCACAAGCUCUCCUCUUCUGUUUUCUUUAAUUGUCUCAAGGACAGGGUUACACAUCCUUUUUCUUGCCAAAGAUCUGAGGAAGAGGAGAGUGAAAACACCAGCAUCCUGAAUCUCCUCCCAGAUAAUUCAAGAUGUGCUGGAAAAGUGAACAGUUUUGAGAGCAGAACUCUCCGCAUUUCUGGUGGGAGCUGGGGGGCAUUUCCUGUGCAGAAUGUAGAUCCCAUGGCUAGCCCCAAUAUGCCUUCUGCUGAAGGGUCACGUAACGUGGGCACAACACAGAAAGCCCUGAGCACUUUGGAGGAGAUAAAAAAUGCAGUUCUGGGACUGCGAGGGGACAUAGGUAAAGUGGCCCAGGAGCUGCAAAACAUUGGCAGCCAGAUGGCAAGUCUGGUGGGUGGCAUUCAACAUAUGAGCAAGUUUUCAGCAUCUUCCCAAACUGCUAAGUAUGCCCCAUGUCAGCAGUAAUUUUCACAAUUUUCAGUGUAGCUUUGUGGUAUCUUGU